AUGGAGAGAGCACACUACUCGCCACCCUGGGCGGAUACUAGCAUAAUCGGCAUAGCUGGGAGCUCUGGCUCUGGCAAAUCCACUUUGGCCCACAAAAUUGUCAGUUCGUUGAAUCUACCUUGGGUUGCCAUUUUGUCUAUGGACUCCUUCUACAGAGUCUUGACCCCUGAGCAACAUGUUGUGGCACAGAGGAAUGAAUAUGACUUUGACUCCCCAAGCUCAAUCGACUUCGACACCUUGGUCGAACGUCUUCAAGAUCUCAAGGCCGGCCGUCGAGCAGAAAUACCCAUAUAUUCGUUCGAGCAUCACCGACGUCAAGAUAGCACGGAAUCUCUUUACUCCCCCCAUGUAUUAAUACUAGAAGGCAUAUUUGCCCUUUAUGAUCAGCGCAUACUAGACCUGUUGGACCUGAGAAUAUUUGCAGAGGCGGAUGCCGACGUCUGCCUUGGACGAAGAAUAACCCGCGAUGUUAGAGAACGUGGUCGCGAUAUCGAGGGAUGCAUCAAACAAUGGAUGUCAUUUGUAAAGCCAAACUUCGAGAAAUUUGUUGAGCCGCAACGCAAGGUCGCAGAUAUCAUAAUUCCUGCCCGUCUGGACAACCGUGCGGCUAUCGACAUAGUGGUGGGACAUGUCAAGCGGACACUAAAGGAAAAGUCGAGAAAGCACCAAGAAGAAUUACAGAGACUCGGGAAACAGGUCGAGGACGAGCCCUUGUCAGAGAAUGUUCUGCUUUUGGAGCAGACCCGGGAGAUCGUCGGGAUGAACACGGUUAUCCAAAACCCAAUGACCGCGGAGGUAGACUUCAUUUUCUACUUCGACAGGUUAUCUAGCCUUUUGGUCGAGAGAGCCGUGGAAAACCUUCACUUCAAUCCAAAGGACGUACUAACACCCCAAGGUUAUCAUUACAAAGGCCUUGAAAUGGCCGGCGAAGUCAGCGCCGUCGUGAUAUCCCGUGGUGGAUCGUGCUUCGAGACAGGCCUCAGACGCGUUAUCCCUGACUGCAAAUGCGGACGACUUCUCAUACAGACGAGCUAUCGGACUGGCGAGCCCGAACUACAUUAUUGGAAGCUACCUUCUGAUAUUGCCUCACACGAUAGCGUGCUUCUACUGGAUCCACAGAUGUCGAGUGGCGGUGCAGCACUAAUGGCAGUAAAGGUGCUGGUAGACCAUGGAGUUUCGGAAGAGAAAGUGGUCUUCGUAACGUAUUUUGCGGGCAGGAUGGGAGUGAAUCGCCUAUUGAGCGUUUUCCCCAACAUGAAAUUAGUUGUUUGCAAGAUUGUUGAGGAUUUUCAGGAGAGGUGGCUCGAGGAAAAAUAUUUCGGUUGCUAG